AGAAACUGUCACGUGAGGCCCUGCCCAUAGGUGUGGAUGAACCAAUCAGUGAACUCGGGAGGAACCACUGUAUCUGGAGCCGGGGUGACAGCUAGAGUUGUGUCUUCCACCUUCCCCCCCCCCCUACACGGACGUGUAUAGUGAUGGCGGCCGCUCAGUUGAUUAGUAAACCAAAGGAUAUUGCUGCAUUAUACCGCGAUCUCUGCCAGUUCCCGUCUCUGUCCAGUGUGUCCAUAGGACCGGAGGUGACCACUCAGUAUGGGGGAAAGUACAGCAACAUUUACACAGAGUGGUCCCAGAGAGAUCUGGAUCGUAAUGAGCAGGUGAAGUUUUGCCGCCAGUACAUUGUCUUCCAUGAUAAUAACACUGUGGUCUAUGCCAGCGCCUGUGGAAAUGGCAGCGAGAUUAAAGGAGAACUGCUCAGCAGUGAAUCGCCAUCAGGAGCACUAAAAGCAGUUCUACGAGAGACCAAAAACAAGAAUGGGGAGGAUGUGCAGUUUCUAGAGGUCUGGGACAGAAAUCGUAAAGUGAAAAACAUCAACCUGACAGCACUGGAGAAACACGGGAAGGUGUAUGAGGAUGAACAGUUUGGUUCUCUGUCCUGGUCACACUCAGAGACGCAUCUUCUGUACAUCGCAGAGAAAAAGAGACCAAAAACAAAGUCCUUUUUUGAUGCCGGAGAUUCGGCAGUGACCAUUGAGGAGGAAGAUGAAUGUGCCAGAAAAACUGUGAAGGGAGAUCAGUUUGUUCUUCAUGAGGAUUGGGGAGAAGGUUUAGUAAAUAAGAGUGUCCCAGCAUUGUGUGUGUUGGACAUCGAGAGUGGGAACAUCUCUGUGCUGGAAGGAAUACCUAGUCACGUGUCUCCGGGUCAGGCCUUCUGGUCCCCAGAUGAUACAGGUGUGCUGUUUGUAGGCUGGUGGCACAGUCCCUACCGUGUCGGCUUAAAGUACUGCGCCAACAGAAGAUCUGCUCUAUUCUUCGUGGAUCUGACUGGUGGAAAAUGUGAAACGCUGUCUUGUGACUCUUCUGCUGUCUUCUCACCGCGUCUUAGUCCAGACAAGUGUCGCAUUGUGUAUCUGAAGUGCGGUGUGUUCGGCCCCCACCAGCAGUGCUGCCAGAUGCUCAUGUAUGACUGGUACACUAAAGUCACCUCCACAGUUGUGGACAUAGUACAGAGGUCCACAGAUGGGCAGUUUGAGGGCAUUUACACAACGUUGCUGGCACCAUUCUGCUGGUCAGCAGACAGCCAGAGAGUCAUCAUGGACACGGUGCUGCACAGUCAACAGGUCCUAUUUGUAGUGGACACAAUGACAGGAAAGGUGACAGCCCUCCAGUCCAAGGAAUCUUCUCCUGGUAGCUGGAAAAUAAUGGCCAUUGACCGUGAUCUCCUCGUUGUUAGAUUUUCUUCUCCAAAUUGUCCAUCAACUGUGAAAGUGGGGUUCCUGCCGCCAGCCGGUAGAGAGGAAGACAUUACUUGGGUCUCUUUGGAGGAGGAGAAUUCCAUUGCAGAUAUAGACUGGAGCUACAAGACCCAUAAACCCCCUCAGGAGCAGGAAAAUACCCAAUAUCCUGGCUUGGACUUUGAAUCCAUCUUCCUGAAGCCACAGAGCAUCCUCCCGGGGAGCCAACUUCCUCUGGUAGUUUAUCCUCAUGGGGGUCCACACUCCACAUUUGUCAGCGAGUGGAUGCUGUUCCCGGCGGUGCUGUGUAAGAUGGGAUUUGCUGUGCAGUUAGUAAAUUACAGGGGGUCUUUAGGAUUUGGACAGCAAAGUGUCAUGUCCCUGCUGGGAAAGGUUGGAGAUCAGGAUGUGAAGGACAUGCAGACAGCAGUGCUGCAUUCUCUGCAGACGGAGCCGGUUCAUCCACACAAAAUUGUGCUGUGUGGAGGUUCUCAUGGAGGUUUUCUCUCCUGCCAUCUGAUUGGACAGUACCCGGAGUUCUAUAAAGCCUGUAUUGUCCGGAAUCCAGUGACCAAUAUACCUGCAAUGGCUGGAUCUACAGACAUACCAGACUGGUGCAAUGUAGAAUCUGGCCUGACCUUCUCUUACGAGACACUCCCAGAAGCUGCACAGUGGGGGGAUAUGUUAAACAAAUCCCCCAUCAUCUAUGUCUCUAAGGUGAAGACCCCUGUUUUGCUGAUGCUGGGAGCAGAGGAUCGGCGGGUUCCAAACACUCAGGGUCUGGAAUACUAUAAAGCGCUGAGAGCACAUGGGGUAGAGGCACGGUUACUCUGGUAUCCUGGAAACAACCACUCCUUGGCCAAGGUUGAUGCAGAAUCUGACGGCUUCAUGAACAUUGCACUGUGGUUGCUCAGACACCUGAAAGAAUGAGUCCCCCAAACCUUUUAAUUUGUAAAGGGCUACAUUGUCCAGAAUAUUCAGUUAACAGCUGGACAGAUUAUCACUGGUCAACUAAUGUACCCUUGAACAAGUGGAACAAUCUAUUACUGCAGUACAUAAGAAUCUUCUAAUACUUUAUAAUAGUUGCCAAUCUGCACUUCCCUGGCUGUUACAAAACUACAACAUAUCCAAACUAGUAGUGACGAGUCUUGCAACAACUGCUGGUCAUGUGACAGCAUUUUUUCUGAACUUUGUCAUCGUUAGACUUUGUUCACAUAUUUCUAAUGCAUCACUGUUUUGCAAAAAUUGUAAUGGUACUACAAUGCUUCAACAUGUGAACACAGCCCUUACACCUCUCAUCCGGCUGUGGAAGAAUAUGGGUUUCAUCUGUGCUCCAAAAACCACCCAGUAUGUACUGACUUCUCCCCCACUGCCAUACCCAGCCCUGAGUCGUCUAACCCCAUCUUCUCUGACAGUCUUUUGAUGACAGUGUGACAUUAUGGGUUUUUAUCUCAGACUUUUUUUGUCUCAUUUUUCUAACUUCUAUGCAGCAAUAAAAUGUCACCAG